GGAUGGUGGCAGACCAUGACGCUCGAGUUGCCUCCACACUUGGCAAAGGCCGGCAACUUCCAGUUCUUGACCAAUGCCAGCUUGACAGUAGCCACCCUCUACUUGAUAGUCAACUUGGCCAGCCCCAAUGCCAGGGUGCUCACACCCUGGCACCAUCUCGUGUCUAACCUCGAGUUCGUGGUCACCACUGCCUACUGGACCAUGAUUUUGUGCUUCCCUCACCACUUGAACACCGAUUCGUUUGAGUUCGAUCUUGCCUUGGACCUCAAGAUCCACUUGUUGCCGUACGUGUACCUUCUUUUGGACAGAAAGCCCAUGGUGUCGUUCGUGCGGUCGGCUGCCCAAAGCGUGGCGUUCAUUGGAGUGUACUGGGCAGCCAUCGAGCUCCAUGUCUACUUGAACCAGGAUGGUAUCACCCUGUAUCCGUACCCACUCUUGAACGGAAUUGGGGUAUGGGGACGCUUGAAGUGGAUGGGGGUGUUCAUGGGGCUCUCUGUGGCGAACUAC